AUGAAGGGACCUCUUAAAGUUACCGUUGUUGAAGCCAAAGACUUGAAAGAUGAGGACAUUGUAGGAAAAAGUGAUCCUUAUAUUGAACUCUGGCUUGACAAAAAUUAUAAACAAAAGACUACAACCAAGAACAACACUGUGAACCCAACAUAUAACGAAACUUUCACCUUCAAUUGCGACGGGCACAAACACCUUCAUGUCAGAGUAGUGGAUAAGGACCUAGUUUCAGAUGAUGAGAUUGGCGUAGGUAAAGUCAGUCUUAGCAGCAUCCAUAAUGGUUAUGCUGAUGAAUGGGUUAAUCUGCCUGCUAUGCUUGGUUUGAUGAGCAAAGGAAAAGUUCAUUUGGUAUUGGAAACCGCUGCAUAA